GCUGUCGCUGUCGGUCAGUCGAUUCGAGGUGUUAGUGAUGUGAAGCAGAUAGUUUUGUAGCUUUAGUUUGUACGUAAUUUAAGUAAUUUUUGGUUUUUCCUUUAGUUUAGUUGCUUUAAAGUGCCUAAUUUGCGUAUAAUUUGAAAGUUUAAGUCAUUUCCCACGAAGGUUCUUUAUAUUACACUAAAAUGUCUGAACGCGGAAGGAAAAAGGAAGAAAAGUUUCGAUUAAAUGUUACGGACAACAGCAGCCAGGAGGUGGACCUGGUUCCCGUAAACGAGGACACACAGGAUGUAGAGGGUCUAAACGUUGAUUCUCUUGCGGAGGAACAUGCCGAACCCAGUGUAGUAGCCACCAAGGAUGGUAGAAUGAUAAUCGAAAUGAAGCCCGGCAAGACCUGCCAGAUUUGCGGGAUCACCUUCGUAUCUGCAAAGGUCUUCAAGAAGCAUAAAGAUGAAUGUCUGGAAAAAAUCAGUCAGUUUGCAGACGUGCUGGAAAAAGAAAAAAAUGCUGCUAUGUUGGCACAGCCGGGUGAAGAAUUUUACAAAUACUGCAAUCCGAAUCCGGAAAAUCCUUGCUACUGCUGUGGUGAAGAUAUAUCAACCGCCCACGUCGGUCACUUGAAGUGCAAACUUUGCCCGAAAUCAUUCAAGGCGUACGACUAUCUGGAGAGACAUUUGCAAUCCGUUCACUCCGAAUCGGACGACUACAGUUGUAGACAUUGUAAUGCGAAAUGCCCCUCGGAGAAGGUCCUCACUGAACACUUAUCAACACACACCGAGGGCAAACCGUUCUCCUGUAUCAAGUGUGGUAAAGAUUUUACCCGGAAGUACCAUCUUGAGCGGCACCUGAAUCACUCUAAGUGCGGGGAAAUUCCGAAACUACAGUUGCCGUGUGAGGUAUGCGGAAAAAUUUUCACACGGUUAGACAAUCUGCGCGAGCAUCUUCGCUACCACAUGGGGGAAGCCAAACGGAAACGUGAUUAUCAGUGUCCGCACUGUGAGAAAGGGUUCUACGGCUCUUCGUUACUCAACAUUCACAUCCGUACACACACCGGGGAGAAGCCGUUCCCGUGCGAUUUAUGCACGAAAUCUUUUCCAUCCACGGGGGCGUUACGGAAACACCGCCGUUCACACACCGGGGAGCGACCCUACCGUUGCGAUGAGUGUUCUGCCACCUUUGCAGCUAAGGAAACACUGAACAGACACCGGAGAACCCACACAGGCGAUAAACCCCAUAAGUGCACGCUCUGCGACAAAAAGUUUAUCCAGGCAACGCAGCUUCGCUCACACAUGUUCAAACACACCGGUGAGAAUGGGUACAAGUGCCAGGAGUGUGCGGCCACAUUCAACCGGAAGUCUCGUUUGCAAGAACACGUCCGUUUCGUACACAUGCAGGAACCCAUGCUAUCAUGCGAAAUUUGCUCAAAGACCUUUACUCGCAAUGAGGAUCUCGGUCGUCAUCUUGAAUCGCACAGCGAUGUGAAAGAUGUCCCCUGCGAUCAAUGCGGUAAAUUGUUCGGGUCCCAACACGCGAUGAAGGUGCAUACACGAACUCAUCUCAUCGAGGAGCACAGCUUUUGCCCGAUAUGUGAUAAGAAAUUCAAACGAAGAGAUUGUUUGAUAAGACAUGUCAGGUCCAGCCAUCGCGAGUGUCCGGAUGCACUGUCGCUGAUUCCACCUAAGAAGGAACCGAUACAGCAGCAAGUUCUACUGGAAAUAGAAGAAGUUCACGGAACCAUCGAACAAGCCAUGGAAAGCGAACAAAUGGAACUCAUGCAUGGAGCUGAAGAUGAGCAAAUGCUGGAAAUCGAUGGCAUGCAUGGAGCUGAAGAUGAGCAAAUGCUGGAAAUCGAUGGCGAAGUGUAUCAAAUAACUCCGCUCGAAGACAUUCGUCUGGUGAAGAUCAACACUAGACGGAAGGACAGCAUAAACGAACCUCUACAGACCAACGAAAUGUUCGUGGAUGAGAUUGAGAUUGCUACACCAAAAUUGGAGCCCGUUCCGGUAGAAAUUAGAAAAGCGGUCAAGAUAAAACGCAGCCUGUCGGUCAAACCGACGGAAUUGAGUCUAGUACAGGAAGAAUUCAUAACUGCAGGGCCGGCAAUAAAAAAGAAUGAACCAGAGAAUGUGACCCCUGUUAAAGAAGCACCAAACAAAAAGAAGUUGCGCAGCUUGUCGGUCAAACCGCCGGAUAUGAGCCUAGUUCAGGAAGAAUUCAUAACUGAAAAACCUGUAAUUAAAAAGAAAGAACCAGCUAGUGUGACCCCUGUUAAAAAGGUCCCAAAUAAAAAGAAGAUGUCGGCCAAACCGCCGAAUAUGAGUCCAGUGCAGCAAAAAAUCAUAACUGCAGGACCUGUAAUAGAAAAGAAAGAACCAGCGACCCCUGUUAAAGAGACACCAAAUAAAAAGAAGAUGCGUAAAGCUAAAGCUAAGGAACCCGUUAGCCGUCCGAUGAUAAUACCAGCUACUAAGAUAAAAAUCGAACAGGACGAUAGCAUGCCAAUCUUCAUGAGCGAUGCGAUGCUGAGAGAGAAAAUUUCUGAACUGCUGUGCAUGCUGAUCGACGAGGAGAUGCUCGUGGAGUUUGGAUGGCCGAAAACACCCGUGGAUCGGGUCCUGGGUGAGGUGAUACAGCGCUGCGGGCAUAAACCGGUUGCCGGUGUGGAGUACGGUGACAUCACCACGCGCAUGCGGGAGAACACCAAGAUUCUGUUCUCGCUCACGAUGGAAGACGACAACAUCCGGACGCUGCUCAACAACCACACCAUUGACGAGGUUAUUAUGAGCGUGCUGAAAAGUAAGUGAAUGUCGUAGUCCGAAGCUACGGGGAGUAAGUUAAGUGCAAUUACAGUGAUAGGGCGGUGGAUUCAAUUAGAGGCCUUUUAUUCAACGUUAUACCUGUUUUACAUCACUCUUUUAUAAUCGGCAGUGACCGAUGAUUGUUUAAAUAUUUAGGUUUCUAAUUUCUCUAUUCUGCAAGAAAUGUACUUUUUAUAAAAAAAAAUGAAAUUGUUUAUAACAAUUGUAUUUCAUAAGCAAAUUAAUUAAAAAUAUAGAAUUACACUUUUCCCUUUAUAUAAUAAUUUCAACAUCAUUAUAUUCAUCAUCUUAAAUAAACACUAAAAAAAUUCAAA